GCGGACGCUUGCGGUAGUGGGAGCUCGCUGGGGAGAACCUCAGCCAUAUUCCGCUGCCUGCCGAGCCACACCGGCAACCGAUGUGGAAGCCAUCAAAAAGGGCCACAUUUCCUGGAAUACAUGCACGUUUAGAUUUAGUGUGGAUGUACUCCUCCGAUUCCACGACGUGACGACACGUUGUGGAAAUGCUCCCGAGCUGAUAAGAAGAGGAACGGACGGUCGCCGAGCAGCCCAGUAGAGACUCGACGGCGGACUCGCCUGACAUCCCGUAUUCCCUAAACGGAAAGUACAGAUUUACCGGGAUUAAAGCAAAUGUUAGAUUCCUAAAGCCUCGAGGCUGGAUAACUCCGAACGGCGGCUACACAGAAACCCGACUACUAGGCGGAUUCAGAGGCGCUCGACAUCAUGCCGGGAUUAUGAUUUAAGGUGAACACCAGCUAGCCGUGCUGCUAGCCUUUAUAGCAAGUUGGGAGUCGGAUCCCGAGCCGACCUCCACAACUAGUUGAGGCAGCGUUCAGGGAAAAAAGGGGCUGGGUUCUUGACAUUCUCCGGUCCCUGAGUCGGGAAGGGGUUUCGCUGCGCGAAGAAGGGAGUGGUUGUCAGCCGAGACAAGUGAGAAAUUGCCCGAAAAUGUCAGCCAAGGUGCGCCUGAAGAAGCUGGAGCAGCUGCUCCUGGACGGACCUCGGCACAACGGGACGUGUCUGAGCGUGGAGACCCUCCUGGACGUCCUCGUCUGCCUCUACAACGAGUGCUGCAACUCGCCCCUCAAGAGGGAGAAACACGUGACGGACUUUCUGGACUGGGUGAAACCCUUCACCACCACCGUGAAGGAGAUGCGGCUCCACCGUGACGACUUUGAGAUGCUCAAGGUGAUUGGUCGAGGAGCUUUCGGAGAGGUUGCCGUGGUGAAGAUGAAGGAGACUGAGAGGGUCUACGCCAUGAAGAUCCUCAACAAGUGGGAGAUGCUGAAGAGAGCCGAGACGGCUUGUUUCCGAGAGGAGCGUAACGUUCUGGUCAACGGAGACAGCCAAUGGAUCACGGCACUUCACUACGCAUUCCAGGACGACAACUACCUGUAUCUGGUGAUGGACUACUAUGUGGGCGGCGACCUUUUGACCCUGCUGAGUAAGUUUGAGGACCGUCUGCCGGAGGAUAUGGCUCGGUUCUACGUGGCCGAGAUGGUCCUGGCCGUCCACUCCAUCCACCAGCACAACUACGUUCACAGGGACAUCAAACCAGACAAUGUCCUGUUGGAUGUCAACGGCCACAUCCGCCUUGCAGACUUUGGCUCCUGUCUCAAGAUGAUGAAGGACGGCACGGUCCAGUCUUCAGUCGCCGUGGGGACUCCAGACUACAUUUCCCCUGAGAUCUUGCAAGCCAUGGAGGACGGCAUGGGGCGCUAUGGUCCGGAGUGUGACUGGUGGUCCCUUGGGGUCUGCAUGUACGAGAUGCUGUACGGAGAGACCCCCUUCUACGCAGAGUCCCUGGUGGAGACCUACGGAAAGAUCAUGAACCAUGAGGAGCGUUUCCAGUUCCCCUCCAGUGUGUCGGACGUCUCGGAAGACGCCAAGGACCUCAUCCAGAAGCUCCUCUGCUCCCGGGACCGCCGCCUGGGCCUCAACGGCAUCUCCGACUUCAAGAACCACCCGUUCUUCAAGGGCAUCGACUGGGAGCACAUCCGCUCCAUGGAGGCACCCUACAUCCCCGAUGUCUCCUCCCCCUCCGACACGUCCAACUUCGACGUGGACGACGACGUGCUCAAGAACCCUGAAAUCGCCCCCCCUACGUCUCACACGGGCUUCACCGGUCAGCACUUGCCCUUCGUAGGCUUCACCUACACCACAGAGAGCUGCUUCUCCGACGGGGGCAGCGCCGGCCUCGGAGGGAGGGAGGCCGGAGGGGUGAGGGUGGGGGAGGAGGGGGGGGAGGCGGGGCAGGACGUGGAGGUCUUUGAGAAGAGGAUCCGUCGACUGGAGCAGGAGAAACUGGAGCUGAACCGCAAACUACAAGAGUCCACACUGGCCCUGCAGGCCCCUGGUGGGGGCAGCGGGGGGACUCUGAGCCGAGACAAGGAGAUGAAGAAGCUCAACGAGGAGAUUGAGAGGCUGAAGAAGAAGCUGACGGACUCUGAUAGGCUGGAGCAGCAGCUGGAGGACGCCGUGACUCUGCGUCAGGACUACGAAAGCUCCGCCUCCAAACUCAAAGCCCUGGAAAAGCAGGUCAAAGCCCUGAGACAGGAGAAAGAUGAGAUCCAUAAGCAGCUCCUUGACGCCCUGGAGCGCCUGCGGUCCCAGACCAAGGAGCUGAAGGAGGCCCACUCCCAGAGGAAGCUGGCCCUGCAGCAGUUCUCUGAGCUGUCGGAGCGCAUGGCCGAGCUGCGCUCGUCCAAGCAGAAGCUCUCGCGCCAGCUCCGCGACAAGGAGGAGGAGAUGGAUGCCGUCAGCCAGAAGAUGGACGCCAUGCGGCAGGAGAUCCGCAAGACGGAGAAGGCCCGCAAGGAGCUGGAGUCCCAGUUGGAGGAGGCGCGGGCGGAGGCGUCUAAAGAGAAGAAGCUGAGGGAGCACAGCGAGGUGUACUCCAAGCAGCUGGAGUCGGAGCUGGAGAUGCUCAAGGUGAAGCAGGGCCGUAGCACAGGGCGGAGCACCGCCGGCAGCCCCGAGUCCCAGCAGGAGCUGACCCGGGUCAAGUCUGAGCUGGACAAGAAGGCCCUGUUCUACGAGGAGGAGCAGCUGAGGCGGGAGGCGUCCCAUACCUCCGAGCUCAAGAGCCUCCGCAAGGAGCUGCAGGACUCUGAGGGGCAGCAGCUGACCAUGCACAAGGAGCUGAUGGUCCUCAAGGACAAGCUGGAGAAGACCAAGAGGGACCGACAAGUAGAGAGUGAGGAGGCGCUGGGGGCGGUGAAGGAGAAGUACGAGAGGGAGCGCAGCAUUCUGACAGAGGAGAACCUCAAGCUGACCUCAGAGGCCGACAAGCUGGCCAGCUUCGUGGAUAAGCUGACCGAUCAGAACCGCCAGUUGGAGGAUGAGCUCCAGGAGGUGGCGUCUAAGAAGGACAGUGUGGCGCACUGGGAGGCCCAGAUAGCAGAGAUAAUCCAAUGGGUGAGCGAUGAGAAGGACGCCCGGGGCUACCUCCAGGCGCUGGCCUCCAAGAUGACGGAGGAGCUGGAGUCUCUACGGAGCUCCAACCUGGGAUCCAGGACCCUGGACCCGCUGUGGAAGGUGCGUCGCAGCCAGAAGCUGGACAUGUCAGCCCGGCUGGAGUUGCAGUCGGCUCUGGAGGCUGAGAUCCGGGCAAAGCAGCUGGUCCAGGACGAGCUCCGCAAAGUCAAGGCCUCCAAUAUCUCCUAUGAAAGUAAACUGAGGGAAAGGGAGGAGAAGAGCAGGGACAUGGUGGAGCAGCUGGAAAACAUGAAGACGGAGCUGGAGGAGAGCCGCUCACGCUCCGAUAAAGGUAUGAAGCUUCCAGACUUCCACGACUCUAUAUUUGAGUACUUCAACACGUCCCCGCUCGCCCACGACCUCACCUUCAGGACCAGCUCAGAGAUAGACUCCACCCCCCUGAAACCCGAGAGCGCCCCCACCACCCCCUCCCCCACCACCGAGCACCAGGAGCUAGUCACUCCCACCACCCCCUCACCCGUCUACCAACCCUCCCUUAUCAACACGCCAAAGCCCAAAGCCCACCAGCUGAGUAUCAAGACGUUCUCCAGCCCUACCCAAUGCACCCACUGCACCUCUCUGAUGGUGGGCUUCAUUCGACAGGGAUACGCCUGCGAAGUGUGCUCCUUUAUCUGUCAUGUGAGCUGUAAAGAUCACGCCCCCCUGGUGUGUCCAAUCCCGGCGGAGCAGGCCAAGAGGCCUCUGGGUAUUGAUGUCCAGAGAGGCAUCGGCACCGCCUACAAAGGCUACGUCAGGAUCCCUAAGCCUACAGGCGUGAGGAGGGGUUGGCAGAAGGUGUAUGCGGUGGUGUGUGACUGCAAGCUGUUCCUCUACGAAAUCCCUGAGGGCAAAACUACCCAGCCUGGGGUGGCUGCCUCUCUGGUGCUGGACCUCAGAGAUGAGGAGUUCUCUGUGAAUUCUGUGCUGGCGUCAGACGUUAUCCACGCCACGAGGAAGGACGUUCCCUGCAUCUUCAUGGUGUGCUGGUCCCAGCAGAGUGGGGCGGGCCGGUCGGGGUCUCUGCUGGUGCUGGCCGACAGCGAGGUCGAGAAGAGGAGGUGGGUGGGGGUUCUGGAGAGUCUGCAGAACAUCCUGUCCAAGAACCGUCUGAAGAACCGCCAGGUCCACUUCCUGCAGGAGGCCUACGACUCCUCGCUGCCCGCCAUCAAGACCACGCUGUCCGCCGCCAUCAUAGACCGGGAGCGUAUCGCCUUGGGAACGGAGGAUGGCCUGUAUGUGGUGGAGAUCACCAGAGAUGUGAUCGUGCGCGCCUCGGACUCCAAGAAGGUGUACCAGAUCGACCUGAUCCCCAAGGAGAAGAUGGUGGCUCUGCUGUGCGGGCGGACCCGCCAGGUGCACCUCCAGCCCUGGGCCGUGCUGGACGGCGUGGAGGGCUCCUUCGACAUCAAGCUGACCGAGACCAAGGGCUGCCAGGCCCUCUGCACGGGGGUGCUCCGGCCCGGGGGGCCCGCCUGCCUUCUGGCCGCCGUCAAACGCCAGGUGAUGUGCUACGAGAUCACGCGGGUCAAGCCCCACUUCCGCAAGCUGUGGGAGGUGCAGGCGCCGGGCCUGGCCCAGUGGCUGGGCAUGGUGCGGGAGCGCCUGUGCAUGGGCUACCCCUCGGGCUUCGCCCUGCUGGCCCUGCAGGGGGAGUCGUCCCCGGUCAGCCUGGUCAGCCCCUCGGACCCCUCGCUGGCCUUCCUGGCCCACCAGCCGCUGGACGCACUGCACGCCCUGGAGGUGGGCUCCAGCGAGCUGCUGCUGUGCUUCAGCCAGCUGGGCAUCUACGUGGACCCCCAGGGCCGGCGCUCCCGCAGCCUGGAGCUCAUGUGGCCCGCCACCCCCCUGGCCUGCAGCUCUAACUCGCUCUACCUGAGUGUGUACAGUGAGUAUGGGGUGGACGUGUUCGAUAUCCACACUGCUGAAUGGGUGCAGACCAUCUCCCUCAGAAAGAUCCGGCCUCUGAACAUCGAGGGGACAUUGAACCUGCUGGGUUCUGAACAGCCACGGCUCAUCUACUUUAACAACAGCAGCUCAGAAGGAGAGCUGGCCAUCCCAGAGACGUCGGACAACAGUAAGAAGCUGAUGGUUCGAACCCGCAGCAAACGCAAGUUCCUCUUCAAGGUCCCUGAGGAGGAGCGACUUCAGCAGAGGAGGGAGAUGCUGCGGGACCCAGAGCUGCGGUCCAGGAUGAUCUCCAACCCCACCAACUUCAACCACGUGGCCCACAUGGGGCCAGGGGACGGCAUGCAGGUCCUCAUGGACCUCCCCCUGAGCAGUGAUGUCAUCAGCCCCUCCCCCUCCCCCUCCCGCCACACCCUCAUCUCCCCACCCACCAACUUUGAGCACGUUUACCACCUGAGCUCUCCGUCCAGUGCCCUCCUCAACCCAGACUUCUGCUCCUCCUCUCUCUCCUCCUCCUCCUCUUCUCUAGGAUGGGGCAUUCCCUCUCAGGAUGAGGUUGUUAAGGAGAAGCCUCGCCCCCUCUCCAGCAUCUCCCGGCAACAGAGGAGCAAAUCACACAUCAGCCGCACCGCUUCAGGGGCAGAGUUUGGAGGCUCUGGGUCCAGAAGCCUUGGAGAGCCGGACCAAGACCUGGACCGAGAGCCGGACUCCGACUCCACCAAACACUCCACUCCGUCUAACAGCUCCAACCCCAGCAGCCCCUCCAGCCCUAACUCCUCCCACCGCAGUCAGCUGACCCUGGACGGCCUUGAGGCCGCCCUCGACCCCGCCCUCGACGCCUGACUGCAUCCCCCUCCCUAAACUUACGGCCAAAACCACGCCCCUCAUCCCCGACCACUGCCCGUACUCCUUCACCUGCCAUGCCCUGUAUUUGCCCCUUCCUGCAUCACUGCCCACGCCCCUCUUCUUUGGUGACCACACCCCUUUCCUCAUCACUGACCAUGCCUCUUCGAGAUCUACAGAGAGGAGUCUCCUGCAGAAAGGGGGUGGGGUUUACUAUUUUUUUAAUUUAGCUGUUUUUGAGUUUUUAAGGCUCCGUUUCAAUAGGAACGGUGGUGUACCUAACCUCUGCCAGGUGAAGCUUUCUGAUCAACACUACAGCCGUGUUCCCCUGCGGCGCAGUCAGCCAUGAAAACCCCAUACGCCAGGAGCCGCUAGGCGCUAACCCCGCUGCUAGCUUUUCCUAACUAGAGCUGCUUUUAUAAACUCUGUAUUCCACAAUAAGAGUCUGCGCUUUAACUUUGAAAAAAAAUUGUGUGGAUGAGGUGGUUCAAGUCGUUAUCGUUCUGUACCAGAAGGGGGCGCUCCUCCCACUGUAUUCUACUCUUGUAUUUGCACACUGUUGUAGCCCCUCCCCCAGCCUGAAUAGACGCGUCUGAAACACUACAGAAUCACCGUUUAAAUCUUUGUAAUUAUUGAAUAAGCAACACAUCAAGUAUGACCGGAAAAUAAAAUAUCUGUGCUUCUGUCCAUGACUACAUAAAUAAAGCAAAGCUGGGUUUUAUGUUCAAGUUUAACUUUAUUAAACGAGUUUGACCGUUGUGAGUGGGCGGGGCCUAAUGUCCCUUGUUUGGUUUGGUUUCGUCCUCUGAAAUGAAUACGUUGCAUUAUUAUUACUCUGUUGGACCUCAAAUGAACGUCUUUAACAGUUAUAGAAGUAAGAAUUAAAACCAAUAAACUAAAGUAAAGAUUG